GACGAGGAAUUAAAUCAGUAGGAAAAAAAACAAGUGUGUAGCGCAGCGCAGUGCGCGCCGUUCGGUAGAGGAACACUUGAUGCAGGCUCGUGUCGUCUGUUCCUACCCGGACCACAAAACUGAGGCGCUCUCGCCGACUCACGCCUAACAAAGAGGCGCCGCUCAAGCGUGACACAAAUAACAUUUGUUGCAUUUGAAUCAAGCACAUUACCUGGGCUUGAAAAGCACCACACAAUGGCUCGCUAACGCAGCUAACGAGCGUGUGCUUGAAAAUUUCGGUUUCUGCGAUGGUUAGCAUCAGCCGUUAGCUGGGCGGCGAGCUGAGGCGCGUAUUGGACUGUGGCCGCCAGCCACUGGCCGGACUCUCCGGAACGCUCAAAGGUAGUCAAGUGGAGCGCCGUCAGUUGCGUCGCCAUGGUAACGGACGCUGCGGAGGCGCCGCCCACCCGCGCAAGCAUCACGUGGAGUUGAGCCGAAGCUGAACACCGGGGAAGCUGCUGCUCCUUGUUCUCCUCCUCCAGGCCAAGGCGUCCGCAUGGCGUCCUCAGGUGGACCCGCGCUCGGAGACGCUCCCGCCGCCACCGCGCCCCCUGGCGGCCGCGCGCCCUUGGCCUCUAAAGCCCUGUCAGAGUCGUUCGCUCGCCUGCGCUACCUGGACACGUCAUUGCUGGUGUGGAGGCAGCAGCAGGUGGCGGCGGCGGCCCCCCCGCCUCCGUCCUCUUACCUCAGUCGUAGCCAGUCGGGCUGGUACAGCAGCUACGGGAACAGCGCCGUGGUGGUCCCCGACAAGAGCCGCCUGGACGAGCAGCAAGGACGCUCCAGGGUUUGCACGCUCAUGUAGCGCGACGGACAGACUCGCAAGGAGCCACUUUCACCAGACCAGGGGGUGUUGGAUACAAAGUUGAGAUUCCAGCUCAUAGCCCCUCAUCACAAUGUAGCUUCGACGCAAGCAGUAUAAUUAUACUAUAGCCGUUACGUAAAGUAAAUAAAUUAUGUUGCCCAACAUC